AGGAAAAAGGCCUUUUGUUGAGUCAAUAGCUUCUAGCCACAAAUUUCCCUCUUCAAGAAACAAGAAAAGGAUAACAACAAUUCCCCAAAAAAAACAAAGAGAAAAAAUGGCACUACAACUUCAACAUUUAUCAUCAUCAACAACACCUAAAUUCAACACUUUUGCUUCUCAAUUGCUACCAAUUUUCCAAAAUGUUGUGUGUGUCUCAAAAUUUAAAAAUGGUGGCAUAACAAGUCUAAGAUUAUCAUCAUCAUCAUCAAGAAUUAGGAAAAAAAGGACUACAUAUUUGUGUAGAAUAUCAGCUUCACUUUCACCUCUUGAUUUGACUGAAGACAACAUUAUCCAAGUCCUAGAAGAUGCAAAGGCUGAGUUGGCACAACUUUUUGAUACUACAGUUGGGAUAACAGGAAAAGCAGAACUUGCAGAAGUGGAUGGACCUUAUGUGAAACUUAGACUAAGUGGCAAAUUUUGGCAUACACGUUCUACUGUUGUAGCAAGACUUGGUAAUUACUUGAAGCAAAGAAUCCCUGAAAUCUUGGAGGUGGAUAUAGAAGAUGAGAAACAGUUAGAUGAUAGCCCUGCAAACUUCUGAGAUUCGGAGUCGGAGGGAGUUGAAGAGAGCUCAAAGACACUAAAAACGAGCAUUAUGGCUCGAUGCUUCUGAAGCCUAUCGCGAGGGAUCCUCAGACGAGGCACUCGUUUUUGUAGGAUCCUAUUUGUCAUUCAAAGACAAAAGAUACUAAUAGUUGAGAAUGAUUUCCUAAGAAUUAGUUCUUUA